AUGCGUACCUCUGCGCGCCUCUUUUUCUCACAUUUUUCUCUUCUCUGCACACACACACACACACACACACUCUCUCUCUCUCUCUCUCUCACACACACACACACACACGACGCGAUGAGCUCGACAGCGCCGCCGCCGGCGUACGGCAGUGAUGUUCCUGGUUACCAGAGCGGUGAUCCGCCCCUUGAGGAUAUUAUUGGCCCCGGCGAGAUUCCUUUGAUGGUGACGCGGCCUUCGGAUCCCCAGGCUGUGGGCAAAUUUACUUGGUGGCGCUUCAUGGGUCCCAUGGUGGCCAUUCCCUGCUUCUGGAUUCAUGCCCUCAUCAUGUGCCCCUGUGCUUUGAACGUACGCUGGGCUGCCGUUCGCUCGGCUGAAAAGUCCAUUCUUGUCCUGACCGAUCGGGCCGUCUAUGGCUGGAGCGGCGAUACCCAGACAUGCUGCUGCUGUCCCGGUGCCUGCACCACCGGCGCCCGCACGACUUCGGUGCCUCUGGAGCGCAUCACCAACGUCAACCUGCGCCGCCCUGGUCAAGGCUGUGUCAACUCGUGCAUCUCCGACAUCGAAUGCCUGGAGAUUGAGACGGCUGGUGCAGCUGGACCACGUGCUGAGUUGAUGCUCGUCGGCGCAACCGACUCGGAAGAGUUUAAGCGCCGCGUGCUCGAGGCCCGCCAAUCUGACCGUGUCGCUCCUGGUGGCAGCGCCUCGGCCGUGACAACGGUUCAGCCCAUGGCCACGAGCGCCAGCCCUCAAAUGCGCCUCAAGGUCCGCCUCAACAGCAACCCCAGCAAGGUCAAAAUUGUCCUGGUUCAUGGCUCAACAGAGGGCAUGCACAAGGCCAUUGCCGACAAGUUUGAUCUCCCUGCCGAGACAAAGAUGCGCAUUUUCCUCACCGAGGACGGUAUCGAGGUGGAUGGCAUCGACGAGCUGUCCGCCGACGACAACAUCACCGUCUGCCUCGGCGCUGAGCAAUUUACCCAGCAAGUCUGCGCAUGCGUUCCACGCAUACAAAUUAAGAUUGAGCGCCUCACACCCUGUUCAAACGCAGCCCAAUGCUCCCACCAUCCCGACCUUGACCUCCCCUCCUCUUGCCAUGUUUGCUUUGUUGAUGUUUUCCUUUCAACUCUCUCUCAAAACUCUCUCUCGCAAAACUCUCUCUCUCAAACUCUCUCUCAAACUCACUCUGUCUCUCUCUGUCUCUCUCUCUCUCUCUCUCUCUCUCUCUCUCUCUCUGUCUCUCUCUGCCUCUCUCUGUCUCUCUCUGUCUCUCUCUGUCUCUCUCUGUCUCUCUCUGCCUCUCUCGUCUCUCUCUGUCUCUCUCUGUCUCUCUCUCUCUCUCUCUCUCAAACUCUCUCUCUCAAACUCUCAAACUCUCUCUCUCAAACUCUCUCUCUCUCUCUCUCAAACUCUCUCUCUCUCUCUCUCAAACUCUCUCUCUCUCUCUCUGUCGUCUUCCCAGUGAUUUGCGCGUGGCAGCCCCCUACGCGGUGCUUUGCGGUCAAGAUGCUCCGCAGCAUGCUGGCUGCUUGCCUGGUCUUGAGCCUGGCGUGCGCCAGUGCUCUGGCCGAUCCGAUGCAGCUCUUUAUCGAUCCUGCCAAGGGCAGCGACAGCAAUGAUGGAUCGGCUGGUGCACCCUUUGCCACGCCGUAUCGUGGUGUGGUUGUGACCUGUGCCGAUGGCGUUUACGAUCUCAGCGCCGCCCCCCUCUCGUUCAACGCCUCGGAUCUGACGACCAGUGACAAACCGAUUAUUUUUCAGGCCGCACCCGGGGCGCAGCCCAUCUUCAGCGCUGGGAAACAGCUGAACCCAGCCGCCGCCAAGACCGGCGACAGCGGCGUGGUCAUGUUUGACCUGGCCGCACAAAACAUCUCCGAUUAUGGCACCAUCCCGUGCGGCUCCUCCCUCGGCUCGUGCCCAACCGCCAGCGUCGGCGGCUCUGGGCGAAUCGGCUUGACGGUGGGAGACUCUAGUCUGCAUCUUGCCCGCUACCCCAACAUCAAUGCCUCCACCGGCUACUGGCAGUUUGAACAAAUCACUCAGGUCAACGAUCCCCUCAGCAUCACCGUCAACACGGAUCGCAUUCACCAGUGGGCCAGCGAAGUGGACCAUCUCUUUCUUCAUGGCUACUGGAAAUUUGAUUGGGCAGACAACGUUGUCAAAGUGGAGAGCCUGAGCGCACCGGGCACCAACACCAUGAACAUCAGCUCCAAUACCCCACCCGUGUACAACUUUGAGCCCAAGGCCCGUUGGUUUGCGUUUAAUCUCUUGGCUGAACUCGAUGCGCCCGGUGAAUUCUGGGUCAACCACACGUCAGGCCUCCUCUACUUUAUCCCCAUCACGCCGUGGACCGGCCAAGAACGCGUCCUUGUUGCUGUUGGCAGCAACGUCCUCUUGAUCUCCGACACUGCCAACAUUCAUUUUGCCGGCAUCAACUUUCAAGCUUCGCGGCAAAACGCAGUCGACGUGCGCAACAGCGCCAACGUUACCAUUGCACACGGCACCGUCCGCAACGCUGGCGGCAACGGCAUUGCCCUUUCCGAGGUGGUAUCUUCCAGUGCGCUCAACAUGACCGUCACUCACGCUGGUUGCAAGGGCAUCACCAUCUCAAGUGGCAAUACAGCGCAAUUGAUAUCGGGAGACUCGAGCAUCGUCAACAACACCAUCACGCUCACGUCGCAGUACACUCGCACGUACAACCCGGGGAUCGGCUUUAGCGGCGUUGGCAACUAUAUUGCUUACAACAACAUUACCGACCUGCCGCAUGCCGCCAUCCUGGGCAGUUGCAAUGACUGUCUAUUUGAGCACAACUACAUUGCGCGCGCGGGCUUUGAGGUGGACGAUUCAGGGGCCUUUUACACGGGCCGACAGUGGACCGCGCGAGGCAACACGGUCCGCUUCAAUCGCUUCGAAAGCAUUCGCACGCGCGUGCCCGUCUACUUGGGCUCGCCUUCAGUCCAAGGCGUUUACCUGGAUGACCAGAUGAGCGGCUAUGAGGUGUACAACAACUCGUUUUAUGACUGCCAGCUGGGCGUGCUGGUUGGCGGAGGUCGACGUAAUCACGUGUACAUGAACACGUUUGAAAAAUGUGACACGGCCAUCCACCUCGAUGACCGCGGUCUGACCUGGCAGCCAGAAAUGUGCGUGCCCAAUGGCACGCUGUACGAAGGGCUGAUGGCCGUCCACUACCGCGAGCCCCCCUACGUUCAAGCCUACCCGGAGAUUGCCAGCAUUCUUGAUCUGCUUCCCUGUCAUCCCACUCUGAAUGAGAUGUGGGGCAACACCGCCUGCUCGUGUGGUCAGCUGUAUGACUUUGACCCCACACAAUACAGCCAAUGGAUGAACCUGAUCCUCAACAACACCAACACCAGCGACACAGGUUGCGUCGCACCCCUCGCCUAA